AUGGUUAAAGAAAAGGUAGAAAAGCUCUCGCGGAUCAAAGAGUGGAGGAAGAAAAAAAAGGAAAAGAACAGAGAGAAGAACAAAAGGUACAAUGAAAAGAAUCGUGAGAAGAGAGCUACAUAUGCUAAAGAAAAACGGCAGCUAAACAAAACACGUGUUCAACAAACUCGGCAACGAGCAGCGCAAGUAACCAAAAGAUUGGAGCGGGUUCAAGGAACAAAAGAAAAGAAAAUUGCCUUGGAAUCGAAGAUGGAAAGAAAAAGACAGCAAACAAGAGAGAGAGUAAAGAAGUUUAGAGAAAAAAGGAAGCAAAUCGCUGAAGAAGGAGAAGCGGACGAUCUCUCCAAUCGUGAUGCUGCGGGCUUCAGUAACAGAAUGGCGGCAAGUAGAGCAGUUAGGAAAGUUACAACAGCGUUGCCUGAAACUCCAAAAAAGCGUGCUGAGAUAAUUCAGAAGAUAAGUGCAAGUCCAAGAACAAGAAAACACCUUAUUAAGGCGGGAACAUUCAAGACUCCAGCAGAAGAAAAAGAAACAAGGUCUUUGAGAGCAAUGGCAGCCGACAUUUCAGAGGGUUUGGAGCAGGUGAAGAAAAGUGGUUCCAACGAGAAAAGAGCAGCUCUGAGAGCCUUCAAAUCUCUUGCUUUUGGAGAAAACGUUAAAAGGUCUCGUGCUCAACGUUCUCUUUCC